UGCUCCCUGGCAGCCAGUGAGCCUUGUGGGCUGUGAGGCCCCCCCUCUAUCCCAGCCCCAGCUGCACUGUUUGCUCUCUGCUAGGAGCCAAUCUGGGAAGAAAAGUCACAACUCCGUUCUGUUUUGCAUUUCUCUGUUCUUCCCUACUUUGUCGUUGGGCGGCGGAGCGAUAAAAAGGACGGGGCCGGAGGACGGCGGUGCGGAAGAGGAGAAGGAGGAGGAGGAGAGCAUCAGAGGAAGGCAGACGUCCCGCGGCCAUCACAAGUGUUGCUGGCCCCUUUUGUAAGCUGGGCCCCUCCGAAGGGUGUUUGGAGACUGCUGUUUGGAUACAGUUCCUUGCUGGAUAGGGGUUCAUGCCCACCUCUGGGUGCUGCUCAACCCAUUGCCCAAUGUGGAUGUGCCGACACCGAUACUGCCAUCGUUCCAGUGGUGACCAUCUGGCACCCCUGCUCACAAUCUGAGAUCUCUGCAGGUUGAUAUGUCCUACAUGAGCUGUGCCCUGCGGGUGGCUGCCCCCCGCCGCCUGCCAGCUCCCUGGAGAAGCCCCCGACCCUACAGCAGCACAACAGGACCCACGGCCGAGAAGAGCGUCCCCUACCAAAAGACACUGAAGGAGGAAAGCAAUGGGAGCACGGGGCCCAGCCGACCACCCCCAGCCUCAGCUGAGGUGGUGGUGGUCGGGGGAGGCAGUCUGGGCUGUCAGACCACCUAUCACCUGGCCAAGAUGGGCAUCACAAACGUCGUCCUGCUGGAGAGGGAUCGCCUGACGGCGGGCACCACCUGGCACACGGCUGGUUUGCUGUGGCAGCUCCGUCCCAGUGACGUGGAGGUGGAGCUGCUGGCACACACGCGGGACGUGGUGAGCCGCGAUCUGCCGGCCGAGACGGGGCUGCACACGGGCUGGGUGCAGAACGGAGGGCUCUUCAUCGCCUCCAACAAGCAGCGCCUCGAUGAGUACAAGCGGCUCAUGUCGCUGGGGAAGGUGUAUGGUGUGGAGUCACACGUCCUGACCCCAGCACAGACCAAGGAGCUGUACCCACUGAUGAAUGUGGAUGACCUCUAUGGCACACUAUACGUCCCCAAAGAUGGUACCAUGGAUCCUGCUGGCACCUGCUCCACCCUUACCAGAGCAGCAGCAGCCAGAGGUGCUACGAUCAUAGAGAACUGCCCCGUCACUGGCAUCCAGGUCAGAACAGAUGACUUUGGGGUGAAGAGGGUGCAUGCAGUGGAGACGGCCCAUGGGACAAUCCAGACUCCCUGCGUGGUCAACUGUGCAGGGGUGUGGGCACGUGCCCUGGGCCGGCUGGCAGGUGUGCACGUGCCAUUGGUGGCGAUGCAUCACGCCUACGUGGUGACCGAACGCAUUGAGGGUAUCCAGAACAUGCCGAACGUUCGGGAUCACGAUGCCUCGGUGUAUCUCCGUCUCCAAGGCGAUGCCCUUUCCGUGGGUGGCUAUGAGUCAAACCCCAUCUUCUGGGAGGAGGUAUCGGAGAAAUUUGCCUUCAGCCUCUUUGACCUGGACUGGGAUGUUUUUAUGCAGCACAUCCAAGGUGCCAUCAACAGAGUGCCAGUGCUGGAGAGGACAGGCAUCAAAUCCACUGUUUGUGGGCCAGAGUCAUUCACAGCUGACCACAAACCGCUCAUGGGGGAGGCUCCAGAAGUCCGAGGUUUCUUCCUUGGCUGUGGCUUCAACAGUGCCGGGAUGAUGCUGGGAGGAGGCUGUGGGAAGGAGCUGGCCCAUUGGAUCAUCCACGGCCGGCCAGAGAAGGAUAUGUAUGGCUACGACAUCAGGAGGUUCCACCACUCCCUCACCGAUAACAACCGCUGGAUCCGGGAGCGGAGCCAUGAGUCCUAUGCCAAGAACUACUCGGUUGUCUUCCCCCAUGAUGAGCCGCUGGCAGGGCGCAACAUGAGGAAGGACCCUCUGCACCAGGAGUUGCUCCAGCAGGGCUGUGUGUUCCAGGAGAGGCACGGCUGGGAGCGACCAGGUUGGUUCAGCCCAGGAGGAGCAGCUCCGGUCCUGAAUUAUGACUAUUACGGUGCUUACAGCCAGGAGCGGCACAGGGACUACACCUACAACCAGCUGUUGGCAGAUGAAUACACCUUCGACUUCCCACCACAUCACCACAUUAUCAAGAAGGAAUGCCUGACAUGCAGAAAUGCCCUGGCUCUCUUCAACAUGUCUUAUUUUGGGAAGUUCUACCUGGUUGGCCCCGAAGCCACCAAAGCAGCCAACUGGCUGUUCAGUGCUGAUGUGAGCAAAGCACCAGGCAGCACCGUGUACACCUGCAUGCUUAACAAGCGUGGAGGGGUAGAGAGUGACCUGACCGUCAGCAGGAUCAGCCCCGGUGACCCCAGCUCCCCGCUGGCCCCUUCCUUCCAAGGAGAUGGCUACUACCUGGCCAUCGGUGGGGCCGUGGCUCAGCACAACUGGUCGCACAUCACCACGGUGCUGCAGGACAUGAAGCUGCAGUGCAAACUCAUCGACUGCUCAGAGGAGCUGGGCAUGAUGAGCCUGCAGGGUCCACUGAGCCGUGGUGUGCUGCAAGAGCUGCUGGACACCGACCUCAGCAACGAGGCCUUCCCCUUCUCCACCCAUAAGCUUGUGAAAGCUGCAGGAUGCACGGUGCGUGCUAUGAGGCUGUCCUUUGUCGGUGAGAUGGGCUGGGAGCUGCAUGUGCCCCGGGAGGACUGUGUCAAGGUGUACAAGGCAGUGAUGGAGGCAGGUGCCCGGCAUGGCAUCAUCAACGCCGGCUACAGAGCCAUCGACAGCCUCAGCAUCGAGAAAGGGUACAGACAUUGGCAUGCAGACCUCCGCCCUGAUGAUACACCACUGGAAGCAGGCUUGGCCUUCACCUGCAAGCUCAAGUCCAGCAUCCCCUUCCUUGGACGGGAGGCUGUGGAAGCACAAAAAGCCACCGGCAUCUUCCGCCGCCUCGUCUGCUUCACUAUAGAUGAGAAGGUGCCAAUGUUCGGCCUUGAGGCCAUCUGGAGGGACGGCAAGGUGGUGGGCCACAUCCGCCGGGCAGAUUUUGGCUUUGCCAUUGACAAAACCAUCGCUUACGGCUACAUCCGUGAUCCUGCAGGGGGACCUGUCUCACUGGAUUUCGUGAAGAGUGGCAGCUAUGAACUGGAGAGGAUGGGAGUGCGCUACCCUGCCCAGGCACACACCAAGUCCCCGUUUGACCCAGACAACAAGCGAGUGAAGGGCAUCUACUGAGAGCCUGAGAUGGGGAGAGGGGAAUGCUGCUGGCCCCAUUCUCUGCCCAGCAGUCUGCUGUGAACUCACUGAGUAAAUGUGGGUCAGAUGAGAAGGGAAGAAAAGGAAAAGAUUCCACAAAGUGCAAGAAUUUGGUUCCUGGGUUUUCUAAAUGAAGCAAUACCACUACAGCAAUAAUUCUAUCCCAUGGGUUAAUCGACCUGAAAACAGUGUUUUGCUUGACUGCAAAUGAAAUGGUUUCAAUUUUUAACUUCGCUGGAAACCCUUUCCCCCCCCUAAACAUAGUUUCACGCUGCCUGGAAAUGAAGUUUUUAAACUAGAUGUCUGCCAUAAAUACGGCCAUCAUCUCCAAACCUGCCAUCCCACCAGGCUCUGUCUGGGUGAUGGGUGGCACUGGGUGCCUGCUGGGUGUGGGAACAUGGGUAAAUGGGUGGCCCCCUCAAUAGUUACAGCCCUGCAUAUCCCUUGGGAAGGAGCAGGGGCAGGGGAUGCUCUCCCUGCUGCAGGAUUCUUCUGAACCAUGAUGUAAUUGGUUUUAUCCAAAAGGGUUUAAAGCGUGAGCUUCUAUUGGCUUCAUUGGUAACUGUCACUGAAAUCCCUUUACAUACUGAGCCCAGGGUGCCCAACCAUUCUGUGCUCACUUCGGUUCUGUUUGCUUUGCCGAAGGGCUGUCUCUGUGCAGGAGAUAGAGAGGGCCGAUCUUCCUCAGUUCCAGUCACUGACCUUUUCCAUUUCCAGCAGCACAAGAGCAAAGGCAAGUUUUGAGCUAUGCAUCCAGAGAGCAAUUGGUGCCCCAGGGAGUGCCGCUGGCUUGCACUCUGCUUUUGAAAUGAGGAAAACAUGACGAUUGCCACACAGCCCCAUAAUACAGAGCUGGGGAGAGAUUUCCAUCUUCUGUCCCUGGAGAAGAAUGGAAAAUCCCAAAGGCAACCGCAGCUUGGAUCCGGCUCACUCACUGCAUGUAUGUGUGUGUCUAUGUGUGCAUCCUCUGAAUCUGGAGGAGCUUGACAUGUGUUGGCCCAUGCAGAGUGUAUCUGCUGGGCACUGUGUGCUCAGCUCACUGUUCAGGGUGCUGCAGCAGGGCUGCCCUGCAGUCCCUAUCCUCUUCUGGCACCAUCCCAAAGGUCACCACAGAGUUGUGGGAUCCAUGCAGGUGCUGAGCUGCCAACCCAAGCUGUCAGCCCUUCCCUUGUAGCCACCACAGAUAACCUAUGGAAACCACCCUCCUCUUCCCCCACAUCAGAGGGAGCAAUGGGGGCAGGUCGAUGAUCCCUUUGCUCACCCCAUCACCAAGCUGUUUUAAUUACAAAUGAGCACAGGCGGUGAGGGAAUCCGCUCCAUCCUUCACAGCACAGCAAGGGCCUGAUCUCAGCUGAAGCUUUUACCUGCCUGAGGAAAUAAUCACACUCUUUUCAUUUCAUUCCCUCUGACUAGCUCUGCUUGCUUUGUAUUCUCUUUGGAGCCAGUUUCAAUCCCUUCUCCUUGUGCAACAAGCGCCAUGGGCAAGGGUUUGAGCUCCAGAAUGCUUUGGUUUGGCUGCAAACAUUAACAAAAUCUGGGUGGAUUUCUCUGUGAAUAGGAUGUGAUGGCAGUCCCUGAGGGCCCUCACUCCUGUCCAUUUGUCCUAAUAAAUGUGCGUUCACAUUG